AUGGAGAGCUUCUCACUUCUUAGCAUUUCUAGACCGCGAAUCUCUUCCUCUGCCCUGAGUACUUUUCCUGAUAUCAUGUCCUCACUUGCCACCAGCUUGCCAGACUUGAGGGACAGCCAGAAUGGGGAGCAGCUGAGGCGAAACUGCACCAUCUACCGACCCUGGUUUUCUCCUUACAGCUACUUCGUAUGCACAGAUAAAGAGAGCCAUCUGGAGGCCUAUGGGUUCCCAGAGGUGGACUGGGAAGAGGGCAGAGGGGACAACUGCCUUAUUGAGGAUGUGACUGAGAAUGUCUGCUCAUCUUCCUCCUCCCAAGAGAACACAGUCCCCAGGGAGGCCAACAGGAAAUCCAUGCAUGGGUUGGAGUCUAUUACAUCCCAGGAUAUCCUAAUGGCUUCCAAGUGGCAGCCGGCCCAACAGAAUGGCUACAAGUGUGUGGCCUGCUGCCGCAUGUACCCCACUUUGCACUCCCUCAAGAGCCACAUUAAGGGGGGCUUCAAGGAGGGUUUCAGCUGCAAGGUGUACUACCGCAAGCUCAAAGCUCUCUGGGGCAAGGAGCAGAAGGCCCGGCCAGGAGACAGGCUCUCCUUGGGUAGUUGCUAG